ACUAUAGACUGAAACAUAGUCAUUUUGGGCGUGGCCAUCACAUUAAGUGCCUAUAUCCUGAGUGUCCAUGUCUUUUAAAGACUUGGAAUUCACUUCUGACACAUUUGUCAAGGAAUCAUAGCAAUACCCCAGAGCACUCUGACAAAUUUGCAACUUUUUCCUGUCAGUUAUGUGGUUGUAGUGAAUUAGGAACAGAGCGUGAAUAUUUUGUGCACAUUAGCCGUCAUUUAAAAAACAAUGAGACAGUAACGUGUAUGUUUAAAGGUUGUGACUGCAAAUCAAAUAUUUACAGUACCUUUAAGUCACACAAAAGUCGCAAGCACAGUUUACACUCGCUGGUAGACUUCAAAGAGGAUAUUGUCAGAGGAUCUUUUGCAACUGAAACUGCAGAGCAUGAUGUUUCAAAUGCUGAGGAAUUGUGGGGUGACGAACAGCCUGUUGAUUUAGAGACAUCAAAUGAUCAUGAAGACGUAGUUCAGCUAAAGCUUGCGGCAGUGUUAUUAAAGCUAGAAAAUAUUUUUCACGUUCCAAGUGCUGCAGUUGAUGAACUUUUGGAGGAAUUUCAGUAUUUGUUGGGCACAGCAUCUUUGUGUAGUGCAGCAAAAGUUAUCCAAGACACAUUGAACAGUCACAGCUUGCAAAUAGACCAGUCAGUCAUUGAAGAACUUGCAUCUGCACUGUGUACAUCUAAUCCUGUGUAUAAAUCGGUAGGUAAAGGCUGUCCCCUAGCAACAUCCUUUAAGCGCAAAAAUUUCUACAAGGAAAAUUUUAAAGUUGUAGAGCCUGUAGAGUAUGUGUUGGAUGAAAAAAAUAAAAGAACAUUUCAGUAUGUUCCAGUUUUAAAGGUUUUACAGCAGCUUUUCAGUGAUUGCCACGUUCUUGCUAAGGUUUUGGAUGGUAGUCGCAUAACAGAACAAAGUGGGGAAGAAGUGAUUUACAGGUCUUUUAGGGAGGGGUUGUUUUUCAAAGAAAACAGUUUUUUAUCAGCAGGUGAACUGCGAGUUUUACUGAAUUUGUAUAUUGACGAUUUUGAGAUUUGCAAUCCACUUGGCACUUCCCGUAAAAAGCACAAAAUUUGUGCCAUAUAUUGGACUAUUAGCAAUUUACCACCUGCUUGCCAUUCAUCACUGACUUCCAUUUAUCUGGCUUUACUCUGCAAGUCUGAAGAUGUAAAGACAUAUGGAUAUGAAAAGAUUCUAGAGCCGUUGUUGAGUGAUCUUGUUACUUUGGAAAGUCAAGGGAUUUUUAUUGCACAUCUUGGAGAAUUUGUCAGGGGCACAAUACAGUGUGUCAUAGCAGAUAAUUUAGGAGCACACAGUAUUUCUGGAUUUAUUGAGAGUUUUUCAGGUGAAUACUUUUGCAGAUUUUGUGAGGCCAAAAGAUCUGAUAUUCAAGAAACAGAGGUUAGUUCAGUGUUUGCAGUGGAUAUCCUCCAGAUAUUGCACAUGACAUUUUUGAGGGCAUAUUACCAGUUGAGUUGGCAUACUGCCUGAAUAUCUUAAUUUUGAAAAAAUAUUUUACACUGGCUGAUCUUGAUCUGGAGCGCAUCUAUAGUGAAAUGGACCUGUCUUAUCCUUUCACUUAGAAGGUGAUUCUGUGCUCUCUGUAGAAUCAAGUCUGCUCUGUGUCCCCUGACAGUGGAUCCAAGGCGCAAGCUCUUAGGAACAACUCUGCUUUGUCUGCAUCUUAGGUUGAAACGAAGGUGGUUCCUAUAAUCCGCCAGUUUCCUUGAUUCCCUUUCAUACUCCCGUACCAGUUGAAGGGUGUUCCUCCCAAAAUGUACGGCAAUAUGUCUGUGAAGGUUCUCAGUCAUCCAGGUCAUCGUAGUCAAAGGAGUUUGCAAAGAAAAGCGUCUGGACUUCUUUGAGUUGCUUGAAGACGUUUCACCUCUCAUCCGAGAAGCUUC